AUGACCACUGAGUGCUUGGGACGCCGGUAUUUUACAGCGGGGGCGGGGCCAUGCGGCAGGGCGAAGCCCCGAGCGUCGGCGGGCGCUGUGCCCGGCGCGCUGCGCUCCGUGUGCCCGCGGUGCCGUGAGGGAGGGCAGGAAGCGGCGCCGGGCGGCCCCAGCCCUUCCGGGUCGCGGGCGGUGCCGGCCCAGGGGCGGCGGAGCCGGGGCGGCCGCGGCCCCAGCGCGGAUAUGGAUAACAGGGAGGAUGAAAAAAGUAGGACGGUGUGUGCAGCCUCAGAAGAAGGGCUGAAGGCCCGAGGAAAAGAAAAAAGGAAACGAAAGCGCAGCAGAAGCAGAUCCUCAUCUGUUUCAUCUACAUCAUCUUCUAGCAGUACAUCCACCUCUUCCUCCUCGUCACAGUCAUCCUCAAGGUCAUCUUCUUCCAGUAGUAGUAGAGAUUCUCCUAAGUCUAAAUCAAAGAAGAAGAAAAAAGAAAAACACAACAAAAAGAAGAGGAAAAAGGAGAACAAAAUGAAGAAAAAGAAAGAAAAGAAGAAAAGGAAAGAGAAAACAGGACCUGUCCAGCUUUCCAAGUUCUUCAAAAACAAAAAGAAGAAUGAAAACUACAGCAUGAUAACUGGAAAGAAAAUCAAGAUGAAAAUAAAGAAGACUAAGGAAGAUAUAGAGAGAGACCGGAACCGUGCACAGCUCCUGGAAUUUCUGAACUCUGCCUUGUGAUGGGAAGAGUGCUCACCAAGGACUGGUACAUGUGCCCAGCCAACCAUCAUCCUAGCAAAACACUACAGGGAAACUCAGGGAAAAGGACACCAGGUUGGACAAGACCAGACCCUCCUACUGAGAAGACAAUUGGGAUGUCCUUUUUUAAUGGCAAAAUGAAGAGUAGCUAAUAACUUGUUAAUGGAGAUCCAUGUCCUCCUUUUGAGAUUCUAAGGUAAUAGCCAGGCUGUGGUGUUUUAGAAAAGCUCAAGUGUGUGUUGUUCACCAUGAUGAGAAAUGACACACUGAAGUCCAGUAAUGUAAUUUCUGUCCUAACUGCAUGUGGAAUGCACUCUUGAUUUCAAAUGUCUUAAUUUUUCUAGUGGUUUAAGCAGAGUAUUUGUAAAUGUCUAUUUGAAAGAUGAGGUGUGUCUUUUAUGUAUGUUUUUUUCUGCUAGUGGUUAUGCUUAUCCUAAAGAGCAAAUUGACCUUUGUAAAUAGAACAUCCUUUUACAUAAAUGAUUUUUUUGGAAGUUCA